AUGCGGAAGAAUCUGAUGAGGAACUAUGGGCAAGUGAAUUUUUGCAUUGAUGGCAUUUUAAAAUUUGACGCUAGUUUCUAUAUAGGUGGCAAAAUGCCAAGAGAGGCUUCCAACAUGUUCGACAUCUGCUUCUCCCUUCCCUACCCGGGGUCCGCCACUGCCAGCAUCACAUCUGUAGCUGAUGAGCAGAUCGUAUCUCCACAGGAUGGAGAUGGCAUUGCAGAGGAUGGAGAUGAUGGCAUUGCAGAGGAUGGAGAUGAUGGCAUUGCAGAGCAUGGAGAUGAUGGCAUUGCAGAGCAUGGAGAUGAUGGCAUUGCAGAGGAUGGAGAUGAUGGCAUUGCAGAGGAUGGAGAUGAUGGCAUUGCAGAGGAUGGAGAUGAUGGCAUUGCAGAGCAUGGAGAUGAUGGCAUUGCAGAGGAUGGAGAUGAUGGCAUUGCAGAGCAUGGAGAUGAUGGCAUUGCAGAGCAUGGAGAUGAUGGCAUUGCAGAGGAUGGAGAUGAUGGCAUUGCAGAGGAUGGAGAUGAUGGCAUUGCAGAGGAUGGAGAUGAUGGCAUUGCAGAGCAUGGAGAUGAUGGCAUUGCAGAGGAUGGAGAUGAUGGCAUUGCAGAGGAUGGAGAUGAUGGCAUUGCAGAGGAUGGAGAUGGCAUUGCAGAGCAUGGAGAUGAUGGCAUUGCAGAUCAGAAAAUUGUAGAUAAUGCAUCAUUUCAUAAAAAUAACUAG